GAGACACCGGUUACAGUCAGCCGUGUGGAUUAUGACGAGAAGUAGCUAUACUUAACACGUAGCAAAGGCUGUUAACUACAUCCUCAAAGUCCUCACACUUUAUUUAUUUGUAUUAGUCCAGCUGUAGACACCGUUCUAGCUAGAAGGCGGUGUUAUCGCUGAAGAUGUCAGUGGUGGGAUUUGACUUGGGCUUCCAGAGCUGCUAUGUAGCUGUAGCCCGAGCCGGAGGGAUUGAGACAGUCGCUAAUGAAUACAGCGACAGAUGCACACCCUCAGUUGUGUCAUUUGGUCCAAGAAAUCGAUCUGUAGGAGCAGCUGCAAAGAGCCAGGUGGUGACGAACUGUCAGAACACGGUGCAGGGCUUCAAGCGCUUCCAUAGCCGGGCAUUUUCAGAUCCCUAUGUCCAGUCAGCCAAAUCUAACCUGGUGUACGAGUUGGCACAGAUGCCAUCUGGAGCCACCGGAAUAAAAGUAAUGUACAUGGAGGAGGAGAGAGUGUUCAGCAUCGAGCAGGUCACUGGCAUGCUGCUGACCAAACUGAAGGAGACUGCUGAAAGUGCACUGAAGAAGCCGGUUGCAGACUGUGUCAUCUCGGUGCCGAGCUAUUUCACUGACUCAGAUAGAAGGUCUGUCAUGGAUGCAGCUCAGAUCGCAGGCCUCAACUGUCUGCGACUAAUGAAUGAGACCACUGCAGUGACUCUGGCGUAUGGCAUCUAUAAGCAGGACCUGCCAGCUCCAGAAGAGAAGCCCAGGGUAGUGGUGUUUGUGGACGUGGGCCACUCGGGUUACCAGGUGUCAGUUUGUGCCUUCAACAAGGGAAAGCUUAAGAUCCUGGCCACAGCGUUUGAUUCAGAGCUCGGUGGGAAGGCCUUUGACGACAUCCUGGUCAACCACUUUUGCGAAGAGUUUGGGAAAAAGUACAAGCUGGACGUCAAGUCCAAGCCCCGGGCGCUGGUCCGACUGUCCCAAGAGUGUGAGAAACUCAAGAAGCUGAUGAGCGCCAACUCCUCCGACCUGCCUCUCAACAUUGAGUGCUUCAUGAAUGACAUUGACGUUUCCGGUAAACUGAACAGAGGCCACUUUGAGGAGAUGUGUGCAGGGCUGCUGGCCAAAGUAGAGGGUCCCCUGCGCAGCGUCAUGGAACAAGCCAAGCUGAAAAAGGAAGAUGUCUAUGCAGUCGAGAUUGUGGGCGCUGCCUCCAGAAUCCCAGCCAUCAAAGAGCGAAUCAGCAAAUUCUUCGGCAAAGAGCUGAGCACCACCCUGAAUGCAGACGAGGCCGUGGCCAGAGGCUGUGCUCUGCAGUGUGCCAUCUUGUCACCAGCAUUCAAAGUCCGAGAGUUUUCCAUUACAGAUGUUGUCCCCUACUCCAUCUCUCUAAAAUGGAACUCAGCCGCAGAGGAGGGACUGAGUGAUUGUGAGGUCUUCCCAAAGAACCAUGCAGCUCCCUUCUCCAAAGUUUUGACCUUCUUCCGGAAAGAGCCCUUCACCCUAGAAGGUUACUACAACAACCCCAAGGAGCUGCCCUACCCAAACAGCACUAUAGGCCAGUUCCUGAUCAAGAAUGUGGUUCCUCAGGGGUCUGGUGAGAGUUCCAAAGUCAAGGUGAAAGUUCGGGUCAACGUUCACGGCAUGUUCAGUGUAUCGGGCGCCUCGCUCAUAGAGGUCAUGAAAACAGCUGAUGGGGAAGAGCCGAUAGAGACGGACCAGCCGAGUAAAGAAGAGGAGAACAAAAUGCAUGUGGACCAGGAGGAUCAGAAAAUCCAGACUGGAGACAACGGAGACAACAAAUCAGAGGUCGAGGAGAUGGAGACAACAGAAGACGCCAAGCAAGCGAAGAAGAACGACCAGCCCCCUCAGGCAAAGAAGCCCAAAGUGAAGACGAAGACAGUGGAGCUGCCCAUAGAGAACAAUCUGCACGGGCAGCUGUCGGAUGACGUACUAAAUAUGUGUGUGGAGAAUGAGGGGAAGAUGAUCAUGCAGGACAAGCUAGAGAAGGAGAGGAACGACGCAAAGAAUUAUGUAGAAGAGUAUGUGUACGACAUGAGGGAUAAACUGCACGGGAUCCUGGAGAAGUUUGUGAAUGAGGCUGAUCGUGACACGUUCUCCUUAAAGCUGGAGGACACAGAAAGCUGGCUGUAUGAAGACGGAGAGGACCAACAGAAACAAGUUUACAUUGACAAACUGACUGAACUAAAGAAAAUGGGUCAGCCAAUUUGUGAGAGGUACAUGGAGGCUGAGGAGAGACCAAAAGCAUUUGAGGAGCUUGGCAGACUGAUCCAGAUGUACAUGAAGAUAAUUGAAGCUUACAAGGCAAAGGAUGAGCUGUACGAUCAUCUGGAUGAGCCUGAGGUGACUCGGGUGGAAAAGCUGGUGAAGGACGCCAUGAUCUGGAUGAACAGCAAGAUGAACCAGCAGAAUAAUCAGGACCUCACUCUGGAAGCAGUGGUCAAAGUCGGAGAGAUCCAGGCCAAGAUUAAGGAGCUUUAUUCAGCCUGUAACCCUGUGGUAUCCAAACCUAAGCCCAAGGUGGAGCCUCCUAAGGAGGAGAAGAUGGAGAAUGGGCCAGUCAACGGGCAGGAGGGAAAAGAGAGCCAGCCAAGCAACUCAGACAAACCCACACCUGCGGGCAUGGAACAAGGAACGGCGGAAAAAAAGCUUCCUGAAAUGGACAUUGACUAACUGUUGAAGCUGCGAUCUAUGUUUCACCUCUGUUUGUCCCGAUACUCGCCACUGACUGUCGUUCUUCUGAGAUUUUUAUCAACGAGACAAAAAAAAACAGCAUCCCUAAUUAAUACAAUUCAUCAGCCAGCCUCAUCGGCAUGUCAUUUCUCUUUUUCUUUGAAGAAUACAAAAAUAUUGCAUAAUAUUAAUAUUGAAUAGACUACUUUAUGACAUAUAAGUUGUCAGUGUGGGGUGGAAGAUGCUUUCUCCGUGUUGCUUUGAUGGCCGUUAUGUUUAAAGAUUGUUUUGUUCAGCAUCUCCUGAGCACAUUUAAACUAAGAAAGUCAGAUUUGAAGAAUUGUAAGCAAAGUGGAUGUGCAGAAGAAAACUAGUAAUACACACAGGACUCCUGACAAUGUAAAUUAUUGCAGUUUAUGUCUAAAUACGAUAUAGGUACAGAGGCAUAUGUAAACGAACAUGGAUUGUUCCAAGUUGUACAUGACUACAUAUAAUUGUAACUGCUGGAUUAUGAUGUAUUUAGUUUAAAGUUAAGGAAGGAGUUUUUAUUGAGUUUACUUGUAUUGUAUGUUGAAACUAGAUACUAUUAAGUUACUGUCAUGCAGUAUUUCAUUGUUUGGCUUUUCUCAUUCAAAAGCAAUGGUCUGUUGGUUCUCUGGUAGCCUUGUACUGUUUUUUUUCUACUUAACAGUGAACGUUGGUCCAACAAAUCUCCUUCUGGGUGCUGCUGUUGUUGCCACAUCACACAAAAAAAGCUAAAAUAAAUAUUGACCAAAAAAAA